GUUAAAAACAAAAACUGAGUAAAGAAGAAGAAGAAGAAACCCUCACACAGAGAAAACACUGAUGAGGGAAAAAUAGUAAAAUAUCCAAUCUCAAAACACAAAAUAAUCUCCUAAGCGUGUAUUAAUUGUGGCCGCGACUCUGGUGCUUCUCGGGACAGUUGUGGAGUGACAGUGUGUGCGAUACCAUCGAGGUGAGAGUGAUUUUUCCCACUGCAAUGCACUGACUUGAUUUCCCAAGUGCAAAAGAAAAGAAAAAGAGAAACCACACAAUUUCCCAGCAAUUUUCCUGGCGCCGCUGCCCAAUUAUCGUGUGAGAAAAGUACUGAGACACCUGUGCCAAAUUGGGGCCCAAGUGAAGUGCCAAAAAGGGUUGAUUCUGUGCGCUUUUCGCCGUGUUUUUCGCAUGUGUUAAAAAAAAGAGUUUGUACGCGAAGGGAGAUUUACCUGCGCGUUGAUCAUCUAUUUUUGGCUUUCGCAGCAGAGUGCAACCUACUUGUCCAACAGGAAAGUGGGCAUGUGGGGAGAUUGAAUAAAUUGCCCGUCCACUGUGGAUUACAUAAAACACCAAUCAAUGCUAAAUCAAUAGACGACAGCCAGAGAAAUCACCAGGUGACGACAUCCACAGUGGCUGAAGCUGGAGGCAAACAAUCGACGAGAUGGCCCUCACGGCAUCCCUCAGGCGCACCCUGAUCGCUCUCUUUGCACUCAUGACCUUCAUUGUUAUGGUGUUCUACUGGAAUCAAGAUGCUCUCAAGCCAACAUCCUAUCUCAGCACAUUCGAUCGCUUCAUGCGAACCAAGUUAGUGACUGAUCGAGGAAACAUUUUCGUCUCUGAGAAGACGUGGACGUACAAAUGUGUGAAUGAUCGAUGUAUUCGACAGCACUAUCUCACUGAGCAUCAUCAUGAAAAGCGAAUUCCCUUUCUCACCUGCUCUAUGACAUGUGGUGCUUCGAAUAUAUGGCCCGAACCAACUGGAAAGGUGACACUGGGCAGUAAAUCUCUUACAUUUUCCACAGCACAUGUUAGGGCACACAUUGAGACACCAUUUCAGAGGGUUGAGAAUCUCUUUAGGGAUGCUUUUCUGGUCUUUAUGGAUGAUCUGCGAUUAAUUGAAAAUGUUGACAAGGAUGAUAAGGGAUCCCAUGAGGCAGAAGGUCAUGGUGGUGCUGAGGUCAAUGAGAUUCCAACAAGUGUUCCAGGUGCUAAACAUCCCGAUGAUACUCGGUGCAGGGUAGAUCAUCCCUGUGACAUUGAUCAAUUUGAGAUUAGUGUUAAAAUUCACAAAUAUCAAGACAUUUUUCUCCGAAUGGAUACAGAUGAGAGUUACAAUAUCACUGUAAUGUCAGACAAUCGCAAAAUUAGCGUAAGAAUUAACGCCAAGGGCUUCUAUGGGGCCCGAAAUGCCCUGACAACACUUCAGCAGAUGGUUUGGUAUGAUGAUGAGGAUAAGUUACUGAGAAUCAUCAACCGGGCAUAUGUGGAGGAUGCUCCGAAAUUUGGAUAUCGAGGCCUUAUGUUAGACACUUCGCGUCAUUACUUCUCCGUGGAUUCGAUAAAAAGGACACUCUCGGGCAUGGCCCUGAGUAAGCUCAAUCGUUUCCAUUGGCACAUGACGGAUUCCCAGAGUUUCCCUUUCGUCUCGCGCCAAUAUCCUCAACUUGCUGCCCAUGGAGCUUAUUCCAAUCACGAAGUUUAUACAGUUGAGGAUGUACGAGAAGUGGUUGAGUAUGCCCGAGUGCGAGGCAUUCAGGUGAUUCCGGAAAUCGAUGCUCCAGCUCAUGCGGGAAAUGGAUGGGAUUGGGGACCGAAGCAUGGACUGGGAGAGUUGAGUUUGUGCAUUAACCAACAGCCCUGGAGUUUCUAUUGUGGUGAACCACCAUGUGGUCAGCUGAAUCCCAAGAACAACAAUACCUACUUGAUCCUUCAGCGACUGUAUGCUGAACUUCUGGAACUCGCAGGACCAACAGAUUUCUUCCAUUUGGGCGGUGAUGAGGUCAAUCUUGAAUGUUGGGGGCAGUUUUUCAAUGAUACAGAUCUCCGUGGUUUGUGGUGUGAAUUCAUGCUGCAGGCUUUUCAGAGAUUGCGAGUGGCUAAUGGGGGCAUUUCGCCCAAAAUGACUGUGGUGUGGUCAAGUGGACUGACAAAUACGCCGUGCCUGUCGAAGAAUUCAUUUGCCGUGCAAGUUUGGGGUGGAAGCACGUGGCAGGAAAACUUUGAGUUGAUUGAGAAUGGUUUCAACCUCAUCAUCUCGCACGUGGAUGCGUGGUACUUAGAUUGUGGUUUCGGCAGCUGGCGCUCCACGGGUGAGGGUGCGUGCUCACCCUAUCGCACAUGGCAGAAUGUCUACAAGCACCGUCCCUGGAAUCGCAUGAGGCUCACUCCGGUGCAAGUUAAACAGAUUCUCGGAGGAGAGGUGUGUCUGUGGACUGAACAAGUGGACGAAUCUACGCUGGAUUCAAGAGUUUGGCCACGUGCAGCUGCCCUCGCUGAAAGAUUGUGGUCAGAUCCAGAUGAUGAGCAUGAUUUCGAUGCGGUCCAUAAGGAUGUGUUCAGUCGAUUUUCCGUCUUUCGGAAUCGACUUGUUCAGCUUGGCAUAAAAGCCGAAGCGAUAUUUCCCAAAUAUUGUGCCCAAAAUCAAGAUGAAUGCGUCUGACUGUUGAGAUAAUUUUUUUUUAGACAAA